GAUGAUCACCUCUCCCUUGGCAGAUGCCCCCAGUACACAACUGUCCAACUUUCUUAAUUUAUACACUGUGAAUUAUAAUCUUGACGAUUCACCAUGUCGUCGUGUGGAAACCCAGCCGUAGAAGAGCAAGCCCUCAUGCCCCGUCGUUCGAAGUUUGGGAAAUCAAAAGACUGCGUCAGGUGCAGGUUAAAACCAGGCAACAUCGUGAUCCGUCAUGCGGUCUACUGCAAAGAAUGCUUCACCCCGAUAGUAGAACUGAAAUUUAGAAAAGCUCUCGAACCUUCGGUCAAUGCUAGAGCAGGCACCUCGAAGCGACCCAAGCUCAAGGCAUCGGGAAAUCUGUGCCUGGGAUUCUCUGGCGGCCUAGGAUCGUCGAUUUUGCUGGAUAUGGUCCAUAAUACAUAUUUCUCCAACCAGCCACCGUUGGACGACUCAGGUAAACCAAGAGGUGGUAUUAAUCAUCCACGGAACGCCAGCGUAUGGCCGUCCUGCAUUGUUUGUUAUGUGGAGGUAUGCGGCGCUUUUCCUGGGAUGCAAGACAAAACCGAAGAUAUUCGAACUAUAGUUGAGCAAUAUCCAUCAUUCGAUUUUGUGCCUCUGCGAAUAGAAGAUGCAUUCGACGAGUCUUGGUGGACCAAAGUUUCCGGAUCAAACAGCACCCCACAGGUCUGGCUGGAACUCAGCAAGGAAGGCCUGAUUACAGAUGGACUCCAUGUCGCUUCCAAAGUGACUGGUCUAACGCCAGUAGAAGCUAUACGAUUAUAUUUAUCAUCACUGCCCACGCAAACUGCAAUUUCUAGUGCCUUACAGAAUCUCACCCGUGUACUUAUCCUGCACACGGCCCACUCCGGAGGUUCCUCGCAUUUACUCUUUGGAUCAUCUCUCACGUCGCUCUCCAUCUCUCUUUUAUCAGCUAUUUCACAAGGUGGAGGGUACGCAAUCCGUGAGGAAUUACAGGAGGAAUGGGCGCCCGUUGCUACUUCUGGUUCGAAGCCUAGUAAUGUGCUCAGGGUCAUCCGACCUCUCAGAGAUGUUACUGCAAAAGAAUGUGCUGUGUAUGCGUGGUGGAACAAUGUAUCUGUGAUUGGUCGAGACAAGCAGAGGCGUGCGAUAUUAGGAAUAGCAGCCUUGACCAAGAAUUUUGUAGUCGGGCUUGAGAAAGACUAUCCUUCGACUGUGUCGACCAUCGCUCGGACCUGUGAAAAACUGGAGCCCAAGGAUGCGCCGAGUGGGCAAUGCAGGUUGUGUAAGCGGCCGAUGCAAUCUGCCAUACAGGAGUGGAAGGGACGUAUAUCAAUAAGAUCAUACUCAGACGACAAACUUGCUGCAGACUUGGCCCACAUCCCAUUACCAUGCAGAAGCAAUCUCGACACGAGUACCCCAUCCCAAGUGCCACCAUUACUUGCCCUGACCGAUUUCCUUUGCUACUCUUGUCACACAACGUUGACAAGCAGGAGUAGUCGUGGUGUUAAACAGACAGCUCCUGGUAUCUCCUCAGUUACGCCUUUACCCAUCUGGGUGGGAGAUCGUGGCCUUCAUGGGGAUGGGCUAAUGGGCGGUGGAGCUCGGCGCAAGAUUCCUGAGCAAGAGAUGCUCGAUACCGUGGCAAAUUUUCUCAUCGACAAACAGGAUGACGAGGAAUGAGGUACUGAUGACGCCUUCUUGUAGCAGUCAGAACGUAUAUCGUUAACAACUUUACUUGAUGGAGGCCAAGCUUCAAGAGUGUGUUUUUGUACUCAAUAAGCACAAUCACACGU